CCAACCGCCACCUUAAGCCCGGCUACACGCAGCACGCAAACCACCCCCAAAUCACCAAACCCUAGGCGCGGCGGCGAUGGCGGCGGUGAACCUACGGAAGGGGAACGCGCGUCUCCCGCCGGAGGUGAACCGUGUGCUGUACGUGCGGAACCUGCCGUUCAACAUCUCGAGCGAGGAGAUGUACGACAUCUUCGGCAAGUACGGCGCGAUCCGGCAGAUCCGGCUGGGCAACGCCAAGGACACGCGCGGCACCGCCUACGUCGUCUACGAGGACAUCUACGACGCCAAGAACGCCGUCGACCACCUCUCCGGGUUCAACGUCGCCAACCGAUACCUCAUCGUGCUCUACUACCAGCCCGCCAAGAUGUCCAAGAAGUCCGACAUCAAGAAGAAGGAGGACGAGAUCACAAGGCUCCAGGAGAAGUACGGACUCGGCUCCAAGACCCCAGGCCCCGGCUCCAGCGACUGAACUUCUGGGCGUAUUGCCUCAGCACCUAGCACUGGGUGUAACGAGAAGAGUAAUCAGAGGGAACGAGUUGCUAGUGCUGUGCUAUGUUGCAUCCAAUUUUAAUAAUUACUAUGUGUUGUUAUGCAGUGACAAUCAGUUGAAUAGAUAUGUGCUUGCCAGGAGCCUUCAAGUGUGCUUCAA